AACAUUUAAAGCUCAUCACACUUCUUGUAGCAGCUCCGUCCAUCUCUCUAAAUCCUCUUCAUACCCAAAACCAAAAACAAAAAGAAACAAUGAUGCCUUCCGUUGCAAACUUGGUCAUCAAGAGCUUUGAAUAUGUUUCCACGGUAUGUCUUGAAGAUGUGAAGGAUAGUUCUCGAGUAGCAUAUGUUGAGAAUGGUGGUGAUGACGACGACAGUGGCUACGAUUAUGCUCCUGCUGCGUGAUUGUCUUCUAUUAGUAUAUUAAUGUAAUUUUGGAGGAAAAAAUAGAGAGAGACAUGACAAAGUAAUUUAGAUAUUUAGCUAGGCCGUGUAAUGUACGCGAUAGUGUUGUGAGUCUUCUUACAGAGUGAGCAGACAUGUGGUUUCCUUAACUGUAAGAACAAAAUCAUAUCUUCCUUAAUUAAAAUCACUUUUUGUCUC